AUGGGAACUCAAUUACCUACUCCGGACAACAGGUUCUCCUACAGACAAGAUGUUGACGAACGAGAUGCACGAGAGAAAGCGAUAGACGAAUGGCUGCCGAUAACUUCUUCUUCUAGGGAUGCAAAAUGGUGGUACUCAGCUUUCCACAAUGUUACAGCAAUAGUUGGAGCUGGAGUUCUUGGUCUCCCUUAUGCCAUGGCACAACUGGGAUGGGGCCCUGGAGUGGGUAUACUCGUAAUAUCUUGGAUUAUCACUUUAUACACUCUAUGGCAAAUGGUUGAAAUGCAUGAAAUAGUUCCUGGGAAACGUUUCGACAGAUACCAUGAACUCGGACAACAUGCAUUCGGUGAAAAACUUGGUCUUUACAUUGUAAUACCUCUACAGCUAAUUGUUGAAGCUGGUGUAGACAUAGUUUACAUGGUUACAGGAGGGAGAUGUUUGCAGAGGUUUCAUGAUUUAGUAUGCAAAGAUUGCAAGAAGGUUAGGCUAACCUAUUUUAUCAUGAUCUUUGCCUCUGUUCAACUCGUGUUGUCUCAUCUUCCGAACUUCAAUGCCAUCUAUGGAGUGUCUUUGGCUGCAGCUGUCAUGUCCUUGAGUUACUCAACUAUUGCUUGGGGGGCAUCACUCAAGGAGGGUGUACAACCACACGUGCAAUACGGCUAUAAAGCUACAACCACAGCAGGAACUUUUUUCAACUUCUUCAAUUCCUUGGGUAGUGUAGCUUUUGCUUAUGCUGGUCAUAAUGUGGUCUUGGAGAUUCAAGCUACAAUGCCUUCUACACCAGAGAAGUCAUCUAAGGGACCUAUGUGGAAGGGGGUGAUUGCUGCUUAUGUAGCCAUUGCAAUCUGCUACUUCCCUGUGGCUCUUAUCGGGUAUUGGAUUUUUGGGAAUAAUGUCAAGGAGAACAUUUUUAUCUCCUUAGAAAAGCCUGUGUGGUUAAUUGCCAUGGCUAACCUGUUUGUUGUCAUUCACCUUAGUGGGGGCUACCAGAUUUAUGCAAUGCCAGUUUUUGAUAUGAUAGAGUAUGUACUAGUAAAAAUUCUAAAAUUCAAGCCUAGUUGGAUGUUACGAAUUGUUUCGAGGAACAUUUACGUUGCACUUACUAUGUUUGUUGGAAUUACCUUCCCUUUCUUCGAUGGGCUUCUCGGGAUUUUUGGUGGAUUUGCUUUUGCAUCAACUACAUACUUUCUUCCUUGUAUCCUUUGGGUAGCUAUCUGCAAACCAAGGAAAUUCAGUCUAUCUUGGUUUACUAACUGGAUUUGCAUUGUUCUUGGAGUUAUUUUGAUGAUUGUAGCCCCUAUUGGAGGAUUAAGGCAGAUUAUUGUCCAUGCAAAGACAUACGACUUUUACUCAUAA